AUGCAACAAGACAAGCGGGACCAGCCAGCCAAGGCAGUUCCGACGCGGCAGCAGCGGAUGGAAGAUCGAGGGAGCGCAAAGGGUACGACGUCAAGGGACGCGGCGGACGGACCAAGCGGAGGGAGGGACGUUGAGCCUUCAGAGUUCGAUCCACGGCAGAAGGUGGACGACCACAGCGAAGGAACGGGGCGGUGA